AAUGAGCCAUUUCCUGGAGGAUUUAAUCGGGAGGAUAUUGAUCCAGAUCAAUCAAUAACGCGUCGUUAAAAAGGGACGAGAGCUAACGGUGGUAUUGAUGAAGAUAUUAAUAUCAUACCCCAAAAGAAGGUUGACUGAAUCGCGCGCUAGCGACUACAAUUAUAGCAACAAAGUCUCCACACGGUAAAACACACACACACACACACACACAUAUAUACUCGCAAGGUGGGAACAUACACACGCGUGCGGGACUCUCCAAUGCUUGUCUUCAAGCCUUGGUGUCUCCUCUAGGGCCAGGGUUUUUGAGUGUGGCCAGAAAUUCGUGUGAGAAUACGCUGAAGGGCGAAGAUAGUGAACCUCGCGGGUGGGAUGCGAUUUACGACGGGGCGCACAGGAACUUGUGGAUGACAAAUCAAAAAAAGAAAAAGAAAAAGAAAAGAAAAGAGUGAGUGGUUCGGUGGUCAGUAUAAUUCCCUCCGCCUCGGAAAUAUUUCUGUGGAUUGGAAAAAAAAAACUAGGCAGUUUGGAUAGCAAUUGUGUGAGAGUUUAAAGGCACAUGUGUCGCCACAGUUACAUAUCUGAGGAUCAUUCCCUGCAGCUGCUGGUGCUGCUGCUGUUACUGUUACUGCAGCUGUUGUUGCUGCUGUGUCUACAGCUGCUUCUCUUACUGCAGUUAUUGCUGUGUCUACAGCUGCUUCUCUUACUGCAGUUAUUGCUGUUUCUGUGGUUACAGCUACAGCUGUUACUGCAGCUGUUGUUGCUACUGUCAUCACUCUCCUGGUGCAGCUGUUGGCAUCUUAGGGGUGACCUCGACGCGGGUGUGGAAGUGAUCCGAGCAGUAGCAUGGAGGUGUUGACACUAGCUGGCUCGCGAGCACCGCACCAAGACGUGCCCAUGGACCUCACCACCGGCAGCCGUCCUAAGCUCGUGCUUCACCACUCGUGGCCUCGUCUCAGGAAGGAUCCCAAGUGCGCCUUGGAGCCAAGCACCAAGCUGACUACCCAUGCUAUGCUCAGCGCUUCGCCUGCCACUGCCAGCCGCUAUAUCCCUAUCCCCAAGAAGAGGCACUGCCAGGCUAGAGCUUCCCCACCUUCCCCACCAGACUCCCCGUUUCCUAAAUCCCAGUCCCCAUGGAUAAGCAGUUAUUCUCCGCCAACUUCCACAGUCUGGGAUACGUCAAAUACAUAUUCGCCUGAAGUCGCUAGAAAAAAAGCAAGGAUUGAAUCUCCCCAACCAUCAGAUUUAGCUUACGAAUCUAAUUUCCGGCCACCAUCAGCUGAAGAAAAGAACGAUGCUACCACUAACAGUAGCAGUAGCAGUAGCGGGGGCGUCAGUAGCGACAAGCGCCGGGAGUUAGGGGCGGGGCCAGCUAGUGGUAAUGGUGAUAGAGUGGAGGCCGGAGAAGUCUUAAGUCAGUCAGUCAUGAGGCCGCGACAGAGCCAGUGCUCGCCACUUGUCGAGAGUUCCUUGCUCGGCAGCAGUACUCGGAUAGCAGUGAGUGAGAGAGACGGUGUUCCAGGGAGCCACCUGCUCACAGCUCUCCUCCACCUCCAGACUUCGACGAUUUCCCAGGGGAUGCUGCCCCCGGCCGCCCUGAAGGACACAGAAGCACUGCUGGCUGCAGUGCAUCAGUCACAGAUGCUUUACUACACCUACUGCUCCCAGCUUAUCCAGAACCUGCAGGCCAAGCAGCUGGAGCAACACCAUCACCACCUGCAGGCCAAGCAGCUGGAGCAAAACCUGCAGGCCAAACAGCUGGAACAACAUCUGCAGGCCAAACAGCUGGAGCAACACCAGAUGCAUCAACACACUCGUCUCGACUACGAGACAGAGCUGGAAACUUACACUCGACUCGAGGACAACAAGUCUGAUAAUUACGAGGACGAGACCGAGGAAGAUUUAAACGUAACAGAAGAGGACCGGCUUACAGGUCUCGCCUCCAUCUUAAGAGCGAGACUAAACAGCCAGGAGACGCCACAGCCGACUCCGGACCCUCAGUCUUCCUCAGCCGGGUCCCCGAGCUUAACUCUUCCCUCCAGCACGACGGGGGGUGAGGACUUCGACCUGUCCCCUACGGAGUCGUCUGCAGGAGCCAGGAAGCGUGCUCCCCGGGCCCUCACAGGCAAGCAUGUGAGACCAGGCACGGGAGCAUCAGCCAGUACCCUCCUCACCCUGCGUCAGAAGCUGCAGGAGCGCCAGAAAUACCGAGAAGUGUACGGGGAAGAUCCGCCCCAACCCUCCAAAUCCAGCAAAACCCGAUCAAGGAAGCGGUGAGGUGUACCAAGCUGGAUAACAGAGCGACUUCACCUUUGUGGCCAAUGUUUGAAAUAAUAUCUUCAGUAUAUGAAGAAAUGAUAAAACUUACAAUGCAUAAGAAGCAAUAGCAAUUCUGUGUGUAAUAAACACAGGUAUACUAGUGUUCUCAAUUCUCACAAUGAUGCGAUUUGUCCUAAAGUAGUUAGGCAGCCGUUCUAAGACAAACAUCACAGACGGUGCAGAUCAAGCUAUUGGGUGGUGAGGUAACAUAGAAUGCAUUGUGUACGUGUAAUGGAGGGCUCAGAGUGCUCGAAAAGUGAGUGAGGCCACGGAGGGAGGCUCUAUGCUCAGGUUUACCUCAAGGCCUCAAAAAUUGGGAGCUGCGGUUGGUGGCCCGGUGUGCCACCUCACCAUGGCUGCAGGUGCUGCUGUGUUAGGAAAGAACAUGAUGUAUUGGUUUCUCUACUAUAUGAUUGACCUGCCCUCAGGGGUGCAGCUAGAGGCUGUGUCCCUCCCAGUCCUAGCCCUCAUCACGCUUCUGUUGUACCUUCGUGCGCUUGCGUGCGUCAGUGUGCACCUACAUACGCCUGCGUGUGCCUACGUGCGUUUGCGUGGACACGUUUAUCUACGUGCGCCUUACCAAAUUGCUCAAUUUUUCUGCCCUGGACUUCCAAACUGUCCAAAGUCUUGGCUAGCUUUUUCAAGCAAAAGUUGACAGCACCGAUGUAACACUAUAACAGCUCCGUAAGGCCCAUUAAUGAAAUGCUGAAGCUGUUUUUAUACAGAACAAAUGUUUUCCUUACUCAUCUCUCAUAUAUAGUUACUUCGUAGUGAAUUUACAAAAUAUUUCUCAUCACGGAUUCUCAGAUUCAUGCUUUAACAUUAGAAAGUGUGUAUGUACGAAGUAAUUAGAAAUGGAAGUCACAGUACAGUGUCUGGAACAAUUCAGAAGAAAAAUCAAAAUUCCAAGUUGGACACGAGAGGACAUUACGGUCCCUCCUGGGCCAUGACAAACUCACAGGUGCAUUAAUGAUAGCUCAGCGAUAACGAUAAAAAAAAACAUUGAAAUAUAUGAGAGCAAGCUUCUGAUAUAGACUUGAAGGUUGAAACGUCUGGUUGGCACAUAUCUUACUCUGGUCGGUGGUGUUCCAGAGAUGAUUCUUACAUUCCAGUGUGACACAUCAUUCCUGCCAGUGUUAGGGAGGCCCCGCACUGACCUAUAUAUUAUAUUUUGACUCUCAGUCCCGCCAUAUCUGCUUAUAUUCUGCAAAGUUCCCACUGAAUUUUGUGUCUUUUAUCCUGCACAGUGUGAAUACAGACUUGGCAUUAUCAAACAUACUCUUAUUAAGAGUAUAGUUAUCAUCAAAGGUAUAGUGACCAUGAAGGUAGUUUAAUGUACCCUGGUGAGUAUAUAUAUAGUGACCUUGAUGGUAGUGUACUCUGGUGGGUAUAGUGACCUUGUUGGUAGUGUACCCUGGUAGGAUUAGUGACCUUGAUGGUAUUGUACCCUGGUGGGUAUAGUGACCUUGAUGGUAGUGUACCCUAGUGACCAUGAUGGUAGCGUACCCUGGUGGGUAUAGAGACCAUGAUGGUGGUCUACCCUGGUAGGCAUAGUUACUAUGAUGAUGGUGAACCCUGGUAGGUAUAGUGACCUUGAUGGUAGUGUACCCUAGUGACCAUGAUGGUAGUGUACCCUGGUAGGAAUAGUGACCAUGAUGGCAGUGUACUCUUGUGGGUAUAGUGAGCAUGGUGGUAGUGUACCCUGCUGGGUAUAGGGGCCAUGAUGGUAGUGUGCCAUGCUGGGUACAGGGACCAUGAUGGUAGUGUACCCUAGUGGGUAUAGUGACAAUGAUGGUAGUGUACCAUGCUGGGUAUAGUGACCAUGAUGGUAGUGUACCUGGUGUAUAGUGACCAUGAUGGUAGUGUACCAUGCUGGGUAUAGUGACCAUGAUGGUAGUGUACCUGGUAGGUAUAGUGACCAUGAUGGUAGUGUACCGUAGUGGGUAUAGUGACCAUGAUGGUAGUGUACCUGGUAGGUAUAGUGACAAUGGCGGUAGUGUACCUUGGUGGGCAUAGUGACCAUGAUGGUAGUGUACCCUGGUGGGUAUAAUUACUUUGAUGGUAGUGUACCCUGGUGGUUAUAGGGACCAUGAUGGUAGUGUACCCUGGUGGGUAUAGUAACCAUGAUGGUAGUGUACCCUGGUGGGUAUAGUGACCAUGAUGGUAGUGUACCCUGGUGGUUAUAGUGACCAUGAUGGUAGUGUACCCUGAUGGGUAUAAUGACCAUGAUGGUAGUGUACCCUGGUGGGUAUAAUGACCAUGAUGGUCGUGUACCCUGGUGGGUAUAAUGACCAUGAUGGUAGUGUAUUCUGGUGGGCAUAAUGACAAUGAUGGUAGUAUACCUUGGUGGGUAUAAUGACCUUGAUGGUAGUGUACCCUGGUGGGUAUAAUGACCAUGAUGGUAGUGUACCCUGGUGAGUAUAAUGACAAUGAUGGUAGUAUACCUUGGUGGGUAUAAUGACCUUGAUGGUAGUGUACCCUGGUGAGUAUAAUGACAAUGAUGGUAGUAUACCUUGGUGGGUAUAAUGACCUUGAUGGUAGUGUACCCUGGUAGGUAUAAUAACCUUGAUGGUAGUGUACCCUGGUGGGUAUAAUGACCUUGAUGGUAGCGUACCCUGGUGGGCAUAAUGACCAUGAUGGUAGUGAAACCCUGGUGGGUAUAAUAACCUUGAUGGUAGCGUACCCUGGUGGGUAUAAUGACCAUGAUGGUAGUGUACCCUGGUGGGUAUAAUAACCUUGAUGGUAGCGUACCCUGGUGGGCAUAAUGACCAUGAUGGUAGUGUACCCUGGUGGGCAUAAUGACCAUGAUGGUAGUGUACCCUGGUGGGCAUAAUGACCAUGAUGGUAGCGUACCCUGGUGGGCAUAAUGACCAUGAUGGUAGUGUACCCUGGUGGGUAUAAUGACCAUGAUGGUAGUGUACCCUGGUGGGUAUAAUGACCAUGAUGGUAGUGUACCCUGGUGGGCAUAAUGACC